CCGCCGGGGCGGCCGGCAAAAGCGCGCGUGUGAUGCGCUGCCGCUGAGAUGGCCGGCGCUCGGGCGCUCGUGGCCGCCUGCUGCUGCUGGUGGUGGCUGGCGAAAGCCGCCGCCACCGAGCUAGAUCUGCUGGGCGCGCUAUCGCUGCAAAACACGUCGCACGCCGGCGUCAGCGCCGCGCAGGGCAUGCAGCCGCAGCGCACCGCCUACACCCUGGAAGGUGAUUCGCGGUCGCUGCAGGUAGAGGGCGCAGCAUUCGAGCGCGCCGCAGAACUGCUGCGCCGCUCGCCGGAGUUUACGAUCCUGGCCGCGCUGCGCCAGGAACCCGCCAACUCGGGCACCAUACUCUCAUUUUCCCACGGCUAUAACAGGUACCUGGAGGUGCAGUCGAGUGGGCGCCGCGACGAGGUACGGCUGCACUACGUGGCGGCGGGUGCGGCGGCAGCGCGCGUCGAGACCUUUCCCUUCCGGCUGGCGGAUGGCGCGUGGCACCGGUUAGCUCUGACCGUGUCCGGCGCGCAGGCGACGCUGCUGGUUGAUUGCCACCCGCUCUACCGCCGCCUCAUCCCGCCGCCCGAUCGCAACUUCUCCCAGCCCCAACUAGCGCUUUGGGUGGGGCAGAGGAAUAGCAAGCAUUCCCUUUUCAAGGGUACUCUUCAAGAUGUGAGAUUAGUGAGUGGACCUCACGGUUACCUGGUCCAAUGUCCGGGAUUGGAUUCAGAAUGUCCUACGUGUGGACAAUUCGCUUUACUGCAGGCUACUGUGCAAGAGCUUACGUCGCACAUCCAUGACCUUUCACUUAAGUUGGUUGGUGCUGAAGCCAGGCUCGCUCGGUUGGAGCAGUGCGACUGUCAGAAGUCGUGCUACUCCAACGGUACGGUUCACGCCGACGGUGCCACGUGGCAAAGAGACUGUAAUCGUUGCUCCUGCGUGCACGGCGAAAUAACGUGCAGACCAGUAGAGUGUGAUAGAGUAGAAUGUAAGAAUCCAGUACUGCAUCCAGGAGAAUGUUGUCCUACUUGUUUAAGAAGGUGCCUGCUGCAAGGCGAGCUGUAUGAGCAUGGCGAUCGGUACGCACCGAAGGAAUGCGCGGAGUGCGUGUGUCACGAUGGCAACAUGCAGUGUACGCGCACCGACCCAGACACCGCCUGCCCGCCGCUGCCAUGUGAUCCUGCUGACCAGUUCACCGUUCCCGGCGAGUGCUGCAAAUUCUGCCCAGGUGUCGACUAUUGCAGUAUGGGACACUCGUGCGAUGAGAAUGCGACGUGUAUGAAUCUCAAUACAAAGUAUACUUGCAAGUGUAAUCAGGGAUUUCGUGGAGAUGGACUUACUUGUGAAGAUGUGGACGAGUGCCAGGAGGCGGGCGGGCGCUUUGGCCACCACUGCCACUCUUUCACGCGCUGCGUUAACGUGGUCGGCGGCUACGUGUGCCAGUGCCUGCCCGGCUACACCAGGCGGGACAAGUUCAACUGUGUUGAGGUGGACGAGUGCUUGGGCUCAGAGCACGGCUGCCACGCGCACGCCGAGUGCACCAACACACCCGGGUCCUACACCUGUCGCUGCCGAGAUGGAUACACCGGCGACGGCUACACUUGCACGCCGAUCUGCACGGGCGGGUGCCUGAAUGGCGGCGUGUGCGCGGGCCCGGAGCGGUGCGCGUGUCCGCGCGGCUUCGGUGGCGCGCGGUGUGAGCGGGACGAGGACGAGUGUGCGGCGCGCGACGCGUGCGUCCCGCGCGCGCUCUGUGUCAACACACCCGGCUCCUACUACUGCGUGUGCCGCGACGGGUACCGCCGCGACCCGCACCGGGAACACUGCCAAGAUGUAGACGAAUGUACAGAAGGACUGCACACGUGCCACCACAGCGCGCGCUGCGUCAACACUGAGGGGAGUUUCAAGUGUGAAUGUGAUACAGAACCAUGUCAAUUAAGCUGCCUGUGGCAGGGGCGCGAGGUGGCAGACGGCGCGCGCUGGCCUGAGGGCGGCGGGUGCCGCACGUGCCUUUGCGCUGCGGGCGUCGCCUCCUGCGUGCGCGCGCCCUGCUCCUGCGACAUCUCGGGCAACACUUCGCUUUCGCUGGAGAGCACAGAGUCGCUACCGCGCGCGCCAGCGGCGUGCUGCCCACACUGCGAGCCGCGCUACCGCUGCCGGCAUCAAGAGAUGCACCACGUCACCUUCCGCAGCGGCGAGCGCUGGCUCUACCAGUGCCAGAUCUGCGAGUGCCUUUUGGGUGAGGUGGACUGCUGGGAGCCAGAGUGUGAGGCGGCUGGCGGCGGGUGCUGCGCGGACGCGGGCGGCACGUGGCGCGCGCCGCAUCGCCUAGAACUGGCCGGCUGCGCGCCGCACUGCCCCGCCUGUCAGGGCGGGCAGUGCGCCACAUUGGUGAGCAAUCACGCGUGUUGUGUGCAUCGGUAACCAUUCCCACUCUUCUUAUUCAUUCAUACAUUUGCUAAAUUAACAAUUACUUUAUGUGCUUACGUCUUCGAUUUAAUUCGUGAUUCGUUAAUCUCAAUUAAUGAAAAUGCUUAAUACGUUUAGAUGAUUUACACUUUAGAGAGGAAUUAAAUUUUGUUAUUAAGUUAAAUCGAAGACAUAUUCAUUUCAUUUUCGUCGUCAUUUUGUGUUGCAUGUUUUAUACUUUCCUUGUCAUGAUCAGGCAUGGUAAUUUCUUUGUCAAUUUGCGUAAGACGUCCCCAAAGACUGCUGCGAGGUACGAGCAUGUUGGUAUAUAUUAUGAUUCCUACAUAGAGUCUUCCAUGCAUCAAGUUCAUACAAUCAUUUUAAGUUUCCGAUUCCAUUUUAUUUCACUAGAAUUACUGUAGACGUAAUUGUUAUUCAAAACUCCGUUACAAAGUAUUGCAGUGAUCGAUAUGGAUCAAUUUUAGAGUAUCCAUUAACGAAUUGUAAUUAAACAAAAUAAUAUAGAAACUGCUUGUGAUAAAAUGAAUAGUCAAUAUCGUAAUAAUUCAAUUAAUUCUCGUAUUGUAAGAUAGGGCUGAGCUGACGUUCUACUCUUAGAGUUUCACAAUGCUACCAGUAAGAUUAGAUAAAUUUUAAGUAUGUUAAUAAGCCUAUUCUUACUUGAGGUUAAUUUGGGCAUUCUCAAAGCGGUACAGACAGCAAAACACAAUACUGAGAGGGCGAUAUGACAGUAUUUGGAUUAUAUUUUUUAAACGUAAUCAAGUUGGCACAUCACGUUUGUACCGCAAGAUAUAGUCCAAGUUAACUUGACUUACGUGUGCUUCAAUAUUGUUAAGUUGACGCAAGCGUGAGUGCGCUACCACACGGCCGACCCACCCUCUCCCUUAGUGUCCGUGACCCCUGACUAGAUGUACCUAGUAGUGACCAAAUGUGCACACGAAAAAGUCUGUCCAAUGCUCCCAUAGUCUCCACUUCUAGUAUAAUUUUUGCAUUCCAACAUUUCAAAUAAAUUAUU